CCUCCGAAGUUCGUGUUCCUGGGCGUGGCACUGGCUUCGGCUUCGAGGGGUUUCUCCGAUACGACAUUCCUCGGACACGCUUCUCGGUAUCACGAACACGUCCUCUCUCUCUGGUCUUCGGGCACAGGAAUUGCCACCUUUAUGGGUCCUCUCCUGUACGCGUCCCUCACCACCGCCGGGGUCAAGCCGAAGAACGCCUUGCUCUCGUUUCUGAUGGUGCCCGCGGUGAUCGUUCUCAGUUUCUGUUGCAUUCUGAGUAACCACGAAGACCUCAGCGGGAGAUCGGACGUGGAAAUGGUGCUCGAGGUCGAAACGGAUUUGCCGAAGAAGAAAAGCAUGGCAGCUAAAAUCCAAGAAAAACUCGAUCUUUUCAUGAGAGCGCAAAAAUACAUCUUCCCGUUGUCCGUUUUUUACAUGAUGAUGUACCUGACCAACCAGGGCCUGCUGGAAAUGGUGUUCUUCCCCGGGUCUAUCCUGACACACGCGCAGCAGUACAGCUGGAGCAACACGACACGUUGCCUGGGCACUCUCAUCUCCAGAAGCGCUCACAAGUUCUUCCUCAUACCCAACGCAUGGAUAUAUAACGGGCUGGCUCUGGUGAUACUUAUCGUGGUGGGUACUGAAGCAUCCUACCAUUACCUCCCCUCUGAGUACAUCAUCUUCUCACUGUUAUUCCUUCAAGGACUUCUAGAGGGUGCUGCCUUCAGGACUACUGUCUUCAGGAUCCAAAACAAGACAACUGAGAAAGAACAAGAGUUUUGUCUUGGUGUCUUUCCUGUGUCCCUGUUCCUACCUGCAGUGCUUGCUGGCCUUGCAUCGCUCCCCACACACGACUAUCUGUGUGAAAAUCACUUAUAUGCUCAAUAGAUACCAGUUCAAAAGAAAAGUAAAACUUGGGAGAAGAAAGAAUGUAUUUGUUCUUUCCUACUGAUUUUUAUCUAAAUCCUUUAAACAAAUAGAGGAAAUAUAUGAACAUACUGUAAGAGGUAAUUUAGAGUGCCUUAAUGAAAUCAUUUGUGUUUCAAGGUCCAUUUGUGUUAGGUUAAAAUUGAUAUAGCAUAUUGAUAGUCAUAUUAUAACAGAUGUAUAAAUUACUAACAUAAGUCUAUGUUCCCAAUGCCAUCUAUUGUAUCUUUGUAAAUUAGGAAUAUAACUGUGAUUCUGUAAAUAGUUUUUUAAAGCAAACUUGUCUAUCAUUCUUGCUGAAGAUAUAACUUAUUACAGAAAUUUAAUCUUUUCAUAUAUCUAUUCAAAACAAAAUGUUAUCUCUUCAUGCAUUUUCACAGAACGAGCUAUAUUACCAUCACACCCCUUUAUUAACAUUAUUCAGCAUUUAGCACUUCUAAUGAUUUAAUACUGAAUAUAGUAUAGUUUUAAAAUUCAUAAACACUUGUACAAAAUGUCAAAGUACAAAUCAUUCAUUUUUUCUUAAAAGUUAAAAUACUACUUUAAUUGGAUUACAAUGUAAAAAGAAACUGUUGUGACCUCAUGAAGAUGUGAUACUUAAUGUCUAAUGCAUUUUGUUUUUUAGCGAGAUAUCUAUAUGAAUGUUCUUUUUAUUUCAAGUCUGGACAGACUAUAAAUUUAAAUACAUAAUAAGAAUAAAAGUUACUUUAUUAAA